AUGGCAUCGGAGGCAGCGUUAUCGCUUCCUGCUGAUGAUGAAAAGGUGCAGGCGGAUGCUGCUACUAAUCACGGUACCACAACGCCCCCCUCUUCAGUAGAGACAGCACCAAGUACGGCCACUGGUGCUGUUGCACCGACGGGUUCCAGCGAACGGGAAAGCAACGUAGUAAUGCCCGCGGUUGCUGUUGUGCCCGCAUUGGAAGCAAGUGAAUGUCAGGUGCAAACAGAGCCGGGAGGGAACGACCCUAUUACGUCUGGGGAGCUUUCGCUCGUUAAUGACCAUACGGCACCGCAAAAGCUGAAUGCUGAUGUGAAGUUGUUCUCGGGUGACAACCGGCCUUCAAAGUCGUUGGCUGCACCUUUCAGGGGCCCUAGUAAUCGACCACAAGGAAUUCCCCCUGGCGGCGGCACCCCUUUAUGGCCCCCCAAUGCUCCUCUUGGCCAAACUGUGAUGUCGCUUCCGCAUCCACCCAUGCCUCCUCAUCAACUUUAUCAACCUCCUUUGAUGAUUCCAACACUGGUGCCGAAUAUGCAUCCACUGAUGGCACCGUUCAUCUCAGGCAUGGCCCACGCCCCACAGCCGCCCCCGCCCCCCCCACCGCCGCCAGGGUUUGGACCCCCACCGGGUUCGUUUGGGCCACUGCCGUUUCCCGCAGCAUUGAAUGGACCUCUUGGCGCACCGCCUCCGCCCCUCAUGAUGCCCAAUCCACCCGAUUUGGCAGUUUUUCAACCGCGGUUCCCUGGUGACAAGAUGGCGGCGUCGCAGUCAUCCCAGGGUCCGGCGCUUUCGAAGCAAAAAUCACAUGUGUUGUCGGCUUCAUCACCAAGUGCGAAGAUAAUUGUUGGUAAUGCUUCCCUUGCCGCACAUGUGUCAAAUGAUCCGCCUAAAUUCUCGUGCGUAUUGCUUUCUGGAAUAUCAGCAGUUGGCAAAACAACAAUGGGAAGGGAGUUAGUUAACGAACUACAGGCAGAUGGUUUAGGCUGGGUAUUUUUUUCUGGUGCUGAUUUCAUUUCAGCUCCUACAACGAGGCGGGCCGUGUGGGAGACCACAAAGGAGGUAUUUGAUGCCCUGGAGAAGCAGCUGGAGAGGCUUCUUGACCAACAGAAGGAAAAGCGAGACUUGAAGGGUCUUGUCAUCGACAAAAAUGUGAAGAACGUAGAGGACAUUUUUUAUUUGGCGGCGCUGCUAAGAUCGAAGCAGAUCCCAUUUGUUGGAAUUGUAGGCAUGGAAGCUGAUGAUGAUGAGGUGCUUCUGCAGCGCAUGGGUGGCGAGCGGGAACUUCAUGAAAAGCUAAAGUACCACCGUGUUAUUCAUUAUAGGAUCCGUAAUUUAGCCAGGAAAGCGGCUAUGUACCGAGAGAUUGACGCCAACAAGCCGAGGCAAGAGGUUCUCAACGCAUUGCGCACUAAGGUGCUGGGUUGUUGCGCCCAACCACCGCAGAAUGGUAUACUUUCUGAUCUAUACGUGAAAUCGGCUUCCAUUUCAAUGGUUGAUGACUAUGCCGAAUACUACACGGUUGUGACACAACUUUUCGACUUAAUUAAACCAUUGAAUGGCUCUGCACACUUCCCCGGAACAACGAACUACGUUCCCUUGUCAACCCGUGAUAUGGCCGACAAGAAUCGUGUGAGUGCAAUCAAGGAAUCCUACGGUGCCCGUCGAUUUAACAAAGGCACCCGCUACCUGCUCAUGUAUGAUAAGGGGAAAUUGUACCUGAUUUCGACUCAUCUUAGGGCGGUAUUACGCCUGUCUCCCAAAGCGCUGUUAGGAGAUAAGAUGGCUUCGGUAACGUGCGCCGUGUUUGAGGGUGAUUUAGUGAGAAUAAGGGAGGACCCGCAGACCGAAAUAUUUCUUGUUUUUGACGUUCUCUUUUGGAAUAAUGCAGCGGAUCCGGAGGGCAAUGAGGUGACACAGAUGAGUAUGGAACAGCGUCAUGCCCUUCUGAGCGCCCACCUAUGCAGUGAAAGCAGUGCCUUCUCCCCUACGGGUACUGACUGCGUUGUGGCCUACCGAGCCACGGUAAAGCUUGAGGAGAUUCCAAAACUUCUGGAGCCAUGCGGUUUCCCAGGUGAGGGCAUAAUAUUCCAACCCACUUCUUCGGUACACAAUCUGAACAAAGUGUAUUUGUGGCGACCCGCGAGCAGUAUUUCAGUAGAUUUUCGCAUUGGUGCGUUGAGGGGGACACGAGAAGAGAGUGCUGUUUCGGAGAGCGGUGAAUUGUGUGCGGAUGCGGGCUCCCCAACGCUGAAUGAUUCUGCUAAUCCCGGUGCCACCGCUGGCCAAUCUCAGUCCCAACUGUCAAAUAGUAGUAACCCGGCAGGGCAGAGCGCUGUGGGCUCCGGAGGGUCUAGCCAUGUGCGUUGUAAUGAAGGCGGUCCCACGCGUACCUUUGAGCUUGAAGUCUAUGACAAGCAAGAAAAGGAAUACACACAAUUCGAAGACUGUACAGUGGAUGUGAGGCACCCAGACGUGGUAGAGGGUUGCAUAUGCACUUGUGCGCUCGCGGACGAAAAGGGCCGUAAGUGGAGUUUCCAGAAUAUCUGCUACGAUGCGGUUCGUCCUGCAUACAAGCGAGAUGUAAGUUCACUGCUCGAGCACUCUAUCAUUCCAAAGUCCAAACUUCUUCAGUGGCUCGCUAGCGAAAAGAUUACACCACCACUUCCAAGUGGUACAGUGCCACAAGCGGCGACUUCGAGUGCCCCACAGCAACAAUUCUGGGAGGCGGUUUCGAAUUCCAUUCGACAACCUCCACCGCAUGCACCCCCGGCGUACGCCAGCGCCGUCCUCAUGCAGCAUGCUAUGCCCCGACCAAACCCAUCAGGGGCCCACGGCGGCGGCACAAACCUUGCAGCACUUGCAGAGGUAGUUGCCCCAACUGAAAUUUCAAAGGGACACCAACCGGUGCUAACAUCAACCUCUAGCGCGGGUGUGGGCUCUCCUCCCCGGGGGCUGUCAAUUGGUCAACCACCAAGCUACAAGAUGCAUGGGCUUUUGCAGCAGGGGCUAUCGACGUCACCGGGAACAAAGAAGGUUGUGGGAGUGGCACCCGACAACACUGUGGCUGCUGUUGGUGGCUCUUCCGCGGCGGGCGGCAGCGCAACGAACACGUAUGUGGUGCAGUUGUUAACGUCAAUGGUUCGCUCCGUACGCACUGUUCGUAAGGAUGGGGUGGGCGACGAGUGCCAAAGUACAGCGGGUGCGACUCGACAGGAACAGCACCCUUCAUGUGUCGAUCGGUCAGACGGCGAUCAGCACAGACGAGGGCACACUCGUUUUGAUGAUGUGAAGGAUAGGAGGGAGCGGGGUCACGGGAAAAUGCGGCGGGCCACCAGUGGUACACCUGGUCGCUGUAUGGGGUGUGGCAAGGACAAGCCAGCGGAGGAACUUCGCUUCCGCCCAAAGGACAAUUUGUACUGCUAUGACUGCUGGGCAGCGAAGGGUUGGGAAACAUGCCGUGAGUGUGGAGAGUUUAGUAGGGGCUACCACGAACGCACGCGUGAGUGUGUGGGUGAGUUUUACUGCAACAACUGUUGGGAGAAGUUCAAGGAAGGAGACAACCAAAAAAAGGAAGGGAGGAAAGAAGAUACCGAAAACCAACAAGGGGAGAGGAGGCGGCGAAGACCCAAGCGGCAAAUUCAAACAGUAGAAGUGAAGGAUGAAGGGGAGAGCAAAACUGCAAGCGAUUUUACAGCGGAGGCAGCGGGGAGAGACGGUGCGGCGAAGCGGCGGGCGCGGCGUGGACAGAAGAACGACACCAAAGACCGUGCAGCUGUUGAUAUUCAUGUUGGAUGUGAGGAAGUUAGCGAAGGGAGGACCGCCGCGAACGACACGAAUGCCGCGGAACAGGCACAGGAGGACGGCACGAAGUCAAAUAAGAGGCAUGGAGUUGAGAGUAGAUCCAACAAAAGGCAUAGGCGGAAGGAGGCAGUUAGGGGCGAAUAA